AUGGAGCCCCACGCGUUCGUAUAUUUAGACGAUAUCGUGGUAGUGACCUCCACCUUCACUGAACACCUCGAAUGGCUGUCGCGCGUCUUCGCGAAGAUCAAUUCCGCCGGGCUAACAAUAAACAAAGAGAAAAGCGAAUUUUGCCGUUCGGAGGUUAAAUAUCUCGGUUGCGUGGUACAUAAGGAAGGAUUGAAGGUCGACAACGAGAAAGUACAGCCUCUUCUCGAUUACCCGGCGCCUACCAACCUUAAGCAGCUACGCCGCUUUCUGAGUAUGGUGUCGUGGUACCGUCGCUUUUUAUCGAACUUCGCGACCAUUAGCGAACCGCUCACGCGCUUGCUGCGGAAGGACCGAUGCGAGUACCGUGGGCUUGGGGCUAUGUUGACACAGACGAUAGAUAGCGUCGAACGUGUCAUCGCGUAUGCCAGCCGCACGCUCUCGGACGCGGAAAAAAAGUACAGCGCGACGGAACUCGAGUGCCUAGCGGUCGUGUGGGCCAUUAAGAAAUUUCGGCCGUACCUGGAGGACUAUCGCUUUACUGUGAUCACGGAUCACAGAGCGCUCCACCAUGUUCCCGAUGCUCUGUCACGAAUGUACGAGGGGGAUCUCGGCACCCCCUUGGCGACCGUCGCGAUAGGAAGCGAACCCGAUCUCGAGACCAUACUUAGUGACACGAACGAUCGAUGGUACCGAUCUGGAUCGGUGGAAGUGGGUGCUUCCGCGCGAGUUGCGGGGGAAGCACUCACCGAAUUCCACGAUCAUCCUCAGGCGGGUCAUUUAGGUAUCGACAAGACCUAUCACCGCCUCGCUGUCGCGUACUAUUGGCCGAAAAUGUUUUGCGAGGUUGUCGAGUACGUGAAGCGGUGCGACGUCUGUCAGCAGACCAAGGUGAGCCAGCAGGCCCCUGCAGGUCUUAUGGGGCGAAGGGUUGUCGAGGCGCCCUGGACCGUGGUCGCCGCUAACGUCAUGGGCCCGUUGCCGCGGAGCAAGACCGGUCACUCCUAUCUUUUGGUGAUUCAGGACCUAUUUUCGAAAUGGGUGGAGUGCCGUGCCUUGCGAACCGCGAACGGAAGGCUCAUACGAGCGGCUCUCGACGACCUUGUGCUAUCACGUUGGGGAACGCCGAAAGUCCUGCUGACGGACAACGGGACGGAGUUCGUAAACAGGAAUAUCGAGGAAUUCGCGAAGGAACGUGGGAUCCAUCACGCUACCAUUCCGCCGUACCACCCGCAGGCUAACCCGGUCGAGCGAGUGAACCGCGUUCUCAAAACGAUGAUCGUAGCAUUUCUCGAUCGAGACCAUCGCGAGUGGGACGCGAACCUUAAUGACUUCCGGUUCGCGUACAACACGGCGCAUCACUCGUCGAUCGGGACGUCUCCCGCCUUCCUCAAUCUCGGUCGCGAACUGGAACCGUCGCGAACGAUCAGGAGACGCGCUAACGAUGACAUUCGUAUCGAGCCGCAAGAACCGGCUCGGUGGUCCGAACGCAUGACUCGGUUGUCGACGACACACGCGUGGACGCCCGAUUACCACAAGGGCGACUUAGUGUUGAGGCGACAACAUCUACUAUCGUCCGCCGCUCAUAACACGGCCGCCAAGCUGGCCCCGAAAUUCCAGGGGCCGUACAAGAUCUCGAAAAUGAGAUCGGCGGUCGUGUGCGAGCUUACCGGCCUGGAUGGAAGGGUGAUGGGUAAAGUCCAUGUGAAUGAGCUGAAGCCCUACAAAGAACCCUAUCCCGCAGACCGAGAUACCGUAUCGAGACAACAUGGGAUCCGAGACCCACCGCCGAUGGACUGA